GCUUAGAAUUUAGGUUCCAAGGACAAGCCCCCAAGCCAAGGGUGUUGGACAUACAGAGAGUGGAAAACUCACCUGACCUCCAGAGAAUGUGGGCUGGAUUUACGGUCUUUAUCUUUGCUUAUCUCACAAAAGAAAUUUGGAUGGAGAAGCAGUAUUUAUCUCAAAGAGAGGUGGCCCUUGGAGCUUAUGUGACUAGGAAUCACACCAUUUUGGAAGGUACUCGAUUCAAAAGAGCCCUCUUCAAGGGGCAAUACUGUAGACGUUUUGGUUGUUGUGAAGACAGAGAUGAUGGCUGUGUCACUGAGUUCUAUGAGGUGAAUGCACUGUGUUACUGUGAUAAAUUCUGUGAAAGGGAAAAUUCUGAUUGCUGUCCUGAUUACAAGUCCUUUUGCCGGGAAAAGGAACAAUGGCCUCCUCACACUCAGCCUUGGUAUCUAGAAGGUUGCUUCAAAGAUGGUCAACAUUAUGAAGAAGGAUCUGUAAUCAAAGAAAACUGCAAUUCCUGCACAUGCUCAGGACAGCAGUGGAAAUGUUCUCAACAUGUAUGUCUUGUCCGUCCAGAAUUAAUUGAACACGUCAAUAAUGAAGACUAUGGAUGGACAGCACAGAACUACAGCCAAUUCUGGGGAAUGACUUUGGAAGAAGGUUUCAAAUUUCGCCUUGGCACCUUGCCACCUAGCUCCGUGCUUCUGAGCAUGAAUGAAGUGACAGCUUCUUUGCCUGCAACAACUGAUCUUCCUGAGUUUUUUACUGCUUCUUAUAAGUGGCCUGGAUGGACUCAUGGACCAUUGGAUCAAAAAAAUUGUGCUGCAUCCUGGGCAUUUUCUACUGCAAGUGUGGCAGCUGACCGAAUAGCCAUUCAGUCCAAUGGUCGAUACACAGCCAAUCUGUCCCCCCAGAAUUUGAUCUCUUGCUGUGCUAAGAACCGGCAUGGAUGUAACAGUGGAAGCAUUGAUAGGGCUUGGUGGUACCUGAGAAAACGUGGACUGGUGUCCCACGCAUGCUAUCCACUUUCCAAGGAUCAAAACGCCAGCACUAAUGGCUGUGCCAUGGCAAGUAGGUCCGAUGGGCGGGGAAAGCGGCAUGCCACAAAACCGUGUCCUAACAAUAUCGAGAAAUCCAACAGGAUAUACCAGUGUUCUCCUCCAUACAGAGUCUCUUCCAAUGAAACUGAAAUAAUGAAAGAAAUUAUGCAAAAUGGACCAGUUCAAGCCAUAAUGCAAGUCCAUGAAGAUUUCUUCCAUUAUAAGACAGGGAUAUAUAGACAUAUUACCAGCACAGAUGAAGACUCAGACAAACAUAGAAAGCUUCGGACGCAUGCAGUCAAACUCACUGGAUGGGGAACACUGAGAGGAGCUCAUGGGAGGAAAGAAAAAUUUUGGAUUGCUGCCAAUUCCUGGGGAAAGUCAUGGGGAGAGAAUGGCUAUUUCAGGAUUCUUCGAGGAGUAAAUGAGUCUGAUAUUGAAAAGUUGAUUAUCGCAGCCUGGGGCCAAAUGACAAGUUCAGAUGAGACCUAACCCAUCAUUAAAUUUCCAUGAGACCAUGUAUUUAAGUAAUCUCUUAAAUUGAAGUUUAGCAAUUUGAGGUUCCCUGCGACAGUGAGAUCGUUGUCUCUCUAUGCGGCUGUUAUAAUGCACCUGUUUUCUCAUUUCACCCUGGGCUCUAUGUGGCUGCUUCCUUUAAAUUACUGAGUAUAUGAAAACAUGAAUAGAGCACAACUGAGUGGCCUAAAUGACUUUAAAUACAGUCUCAUGACACUGUACUCUUUGCCUUUACUAGUUCACAGACUGUGUGAUGGCAACUAACGAAAGUGUUCAUAACUCACUGGUAGAAAUGAUCAUGGUUUCUCUUUUUGACCAGUGAGGACUUCAGACAAAAAGCAACUGGAAACUCACUAAUUUACCCUCUUUACCUCUUUUCUUUCAAACAAAUAAUGAUUUCUUAAUUCAUAUCUUGCUUAUGUUUUGCUGAAAGCAAUGGAAAUAGAUUAUUAAUUGUUUCUCUCAGUAAGCUAACAUUUUGUUUCUUUUCAUUUGCCUAAACCUAGCUUGUAAUCUGCUUACAGAAAGAAAGUAAGUCUCCACAGGAAAGAACUACUCUUUAUGGUUUGUGCAAUGGAUCAUGAUGUCGCUGAGAUGUUAAAUAAUGUACAAGCUUAGAGGCUAACAAUAGAAGUCCAAUCUGGAUAUACACACACCCCUAUUUUUGGAAGUCAGUGCACUUUGUUUAAAGUCUAUUAAAAUCAACUGUAUAACUGUAUUUGGAAAGACAACAUAUUUCCCCAAAAACAGCAACUUGAUGCCAUGAGUCAGAAAGAAUAAGAAUAAAUAUACUUUUAUCAGAACCAUUUCACAGUUCACUGCUUGAGAUUCUAAAAAGGAAGCUAAAUUGGCACUAAUUUGCAUCUAAUUUUUAUUUUAGUUCUGUAUAGUUAGAGAAACAGAAAUAGCAUCAUCACAAUGGUUGGGAAAAGAUAUAAUCUUUUAAUAAUUCACUGGGAUCUUAAAUGCCAAAUAAAUAAAUUAAGAAACAGAGCUGAUCAUUAAGUAAGUGUGACCAGCUAAUUAUAAUUACAGUGGAGGGAUGGCCUGAAUUUAUGGGCAAACUGUGGCUGUAACUUUUGGUGGGAGGUUUUUUUAUGUUGUUAAGCCCAAUGAUGCCCUGAUUAGAUAAUCCAGGCAUGCUGAAAAUGUAAGGAAACAGCACAGAAAGGUGAAGCAUGGUUGCAUUCCACCAGAAGUAUGAGGAAUGAUUUGGUGUUGGCUCAGUCUAGGUUCCUCUAGAAGCAGCCCCUGAAAC